AUGUCACGUGAUGAUGUCACACAGGGGGCGGGGCCGGAUCGUCAGAGCUGGAGCUGCUUCACACAGAGCAGACAGAUGUUUGGACCUCAGCAGAGACAUGAGACUGAAGAGCAGCAGCUGCUGACAGACAUGGACAAACAGAAAGUGCUGGCCAAGCUGAUCUGGGACCUGCAGUCCUUCCUGUCUGUUCUGGACUCAGAGAACCUGAGUUACAUCGCUCAGGCUCAGAAGAAAUCCAUCUCAGAGCUGCUGUCCAAACUGCAGACGAGCGACACACCUGUGGAAGAUGCUGAGUACAUGAUCAUGAGCUGUCCAUCACUGUCUCCUAGCAACGAGCAGAUAGACACACCUGGGACAGAAGGCGUCCGGUCCUCCGAGCUGGUCUCACACCAGGACUCAUCUGUGUGGCUCAGAAAUGGGGGCCCUGUAGUGCCGCCCCUCCCUCCAGGAGGUCUCGGAGGUGAUGAUGACGAUGAAGAUACCUACGAGGAGGCAGAACCUUACAUAGCUGAAACAAACACAUCUAACGCCGAGAAGGCGGAGUCAGACAGCAGUCACUACGAGUCCUACGGGGAUGAUGAUGAAGAUGAUGAUGAUGAUGAUGAGCCUGUGAAGGACAGAGCUCACUACAUCCAAUGGAGCGCCUCCCAGCCCUGCCUAAGGCCCGCCCCCGAGUCCCGCCUCUGUGGUUACCUGUGGAGGAGGAAGUGGCUCGGACAGUGGACCAAACAGCUGUUCAUCAUCCGGAACGACGUGCUGCUGUGCUAUAAGUGUGCUCAGGACCUGCUCCCUCAGCUGGAGUUGAGUCUGCGCGGCUGUCAGCUCGUCUACAAGUCAAAGUGCAACAGGAAGAUCCAGCACCAGCUCAAACUGGUCCCACUGGGCUCAGAGACUCUGGUUCUGGGAUACAGCACCUACCAGCAGGCCGACGAGUGGAAGAAGGUGAUUGAGGAGGUGAGUGUCGGAGGUGAAGUGGAGACUCGGAGCUCGUUGUCUCUGAUCAGAUCAGAUCAGCUGCUGUCCUGCAGGUCCAGUACAGUCCAGACUGACUCUGAGGAGGAGAAACCUUCAGCCCGCUGCAGCACCGACACACACAGAGGUUACCUGAGUGUGAUGAUGAACUGUCAGUGGCAGAGUUUACUGUGCCAGGUGGAGGCGUCAACACUCAACAUGUUCGGAGAGGAGGAGGAGGAGGACGAGGAGGGAGGGGAGGUGAAGAGGGAGCGCUGCCCUCAGUACACCAUCCAGCUCAGAGGAUGUGACAUCAGAGCUGGACCCGACACGGACCACUCCUACAGGAUCACACUGAGCGUGCUCGGUGACCAGGUGGCGGUGCUGGAGGUGAGCAGCUCAGAAGAAAAGGAGCGGUGGUUAAAGCUGCUGCAGGAUGGAGCUGCCAAUCACAGUCACCAUGACAACAACACACAGGUGCACGCAGGUGGAGGGCUCAGUGGGCUGCAGAUCAGAAAGUUUCCCACUUCUAACACUUACAUGGACGACCCGUUCCACCUGAGUCUAACGGGCCGAGACCAGCCCAUCUACUCCAACACCUCGGUCCUGGAGCACAUGCUCCACAGCUCUCAGGACUCAGUUGGCUGCAGCUCGGUGUCGUCCAGAGACUCAGUGACCUACAGCAACACCGUGUUCACCACACAGAACAGGAGGGUGGUGGAGGUGGAGCGAGGCGUUCAGAAGCUGGAGCUGACCGGGAAGAGGCCGGUGCAGCUGAGGGCGGGGUCAGAGAUCAACCUGGCAUCUGCUGGGAAGCAAAACAAACGCACCUCUUUCAGACAGUCGCUGGCCGUCUGCACUGAGCGUGCUCAGGUGGGUUUCCUGAACCCUCUGCUGCGACGGACGGCCUCGGCUAAAAACUCUCUGAGACGAGCUCCUUCAGCGCUCUUCAUCGAACACGGCAAGGUUUUCCAGAGGAGGAAGGAGUGGGAAACCAAAGCUGCUGCCUGAAACCGAUCAGCACAACCUCCAGUCCUCUCAGCUGAACAUCGUCUGUGGAACUUGAAAGUGACGAACGAAGAGUCUGCAUCACACGUUCAGUCGUCACAUCACAUGUACCAGCUGUGCUUGUGGCAACAAAUCCAGAUACCGUGAGCCGAACCAGAAGGCUGCCGGGCCAGAGACCAGUGUUCCAGGUGGUGUUUCAGUAUUUCUAAGCGUGAAACCACUGGAUAUUUCUAAAGACACAUCUCUUCAUUUCCAGACAGCCUUGUGAUGACAAAACCAGGUUCUUAAAUCUAAACGCUAUCAAGACGAUUUAGAGCCAGAGACCACUGUUCAGGCUGGUGUUUCAACAUCUGUAAGCGUAACACCACUGGAUUUUCAACAGGAUAUCUUUUAGUGUUUGUGUUUUUUUGUUUAUUGUAAAAGACAAAAUCCUUUUGAGUUUUUAAUGAUGCUUAAAGCCAAAAUGUGAUGUUUUGACACGAUUAUUGUUUUAUACCUGAUUCUGACCCGACUGUGAGCUCAGCACUGUGACGAAACCAAGUUCAAAGUUGGAACCUAAAGAAAUGUAAAGCCCCUCUGCAAACUGACCAAACUGACCACAGGUAUAUUUCUAUUAAACCACUAAUCUGGGUUCAUUAAAGGCUGUUCUAUGUCAAUAACAUCAUCACAUUAAUAUAUUAACUAUCCAGUGUACUUCCUGUUGUUGGUGGUGCUUCUUCUUCUUCUUUUUCUUCAUCUCCUCCUCCUCAUCCUCCUGGUUGUUCUUGGUGCUAUGAGGCAGUUACAGCAGCAGGUCAACAUGUUGCUGAUGAUCCAGAGCUCCUCAUGAUGAACUGUGUGUGUGUGUGUGUGUGUGUGUGUGUCAGGUGACAGCUGUGUGGCACUCACACAUUGUUUGAUUUGUUUUAGUUCUGUCUUAUUCAAUCCCACAAACACAAACUCUCUGAUGUAACUGUGUUAAAAACGAUGGUAAAAUGAAAUAAUCAGAUACUUUACUGCAGUAAAAAUACUGUGAAAAUACUCAUCUACAUAUCAAAGACCCACAUGAGUAAAUGUACUUAGUUACUUCCCACUACUGUUGAUAACUGAUCAGUUUCUAUUCUCACAACGAUGGACACAAUGUUUUGAUACAGUCUGACGAACAGUUAUUGAUGAUUAAUGUUUAUUAUCAUGAUGUCACUCAUUUGUAUGAUUUUUUAUAAUUACUUGGUUCUAUAAUAAUCUCAGGAGAAUCUUUCUUUGCUGACUGAACACUGAUCUGUACAAUCAUUAUGUAAUUAUUAAAAACUGAAUUUUGCAUUUAAUUUUCUGUUUUUACCCCUGUGUAUAAAUACUCUGCUCUGAGGAGAAACCCUGCUACACAAUUUUGUUAUAAAAUAAAAGUUUGAGUAUUGGUAUUUAUUAUAUUACAGUAUUGUAGUUAUUGAUGUUUUCAUGCUAACCCCUAUACAUUUAGUUGAUAACUUUGGUUACAAGUUACUUUGCGGGCUAAAGUAUCACAGUUUC